AUGACAAGUCGCGCCAUUUGGGAGCUUGGGCCUCUUGUGGCUUCCCUUACUCUGCAUCGAUGUUCCUCGAGACAGGGGGAGAGGGCAAAAUGCAGACCCAGCACAUUGUGGCGCCUGAGCGCCAACUGUGAGGCUGGUGUGGCCCAAGAUUUCUAUCGCCAAGGCAUGGACAGCCCGACGCAGGUUCUAGAAUGGCACAAAAGAGGUGGCGGCUAUUUUCACCAAGGUUUGUGUGCCGCCCAUCUAGCCGGCAGAGGCUGGGGCCUUUGUGUCAAGGAUGAUGUGCCGGUGAUACCUUCGGGCAGUGUUUUGGUCAAAACUCCCUCGAAGCUACUUUGGAUUGCCCAUGAGUCUCAAUCUGCAGAUGUUGAAGAGCCACUCGCACCGGGAGAGAGCUUGCCUAAAGCUUCAGCAGCAUUGCGAAGACGCUUACUAACAGCUCUGCAGUCCCCCGAUCCCUUUGUUGAGUCGAUGCAUCCCCCGGACACGAUGCCUUUGCGACUUGUCGCUGGCUCAGUCUCAUCAGAUGCACCUGAAGCUGCCAAACGGGCGCUGAAAGGAACAUCUUUGCUCAACCACACCUUGUCCUUAAGAACCAAGCUUUUGAAGGCAGUCCAGCCUGAUCUGGAGAAGGUGAAAGAGAAGGAAGCACAUUGGCAGGCCUGUGUUUGGGCACAGGCAGUGAUAAUGAGCAGAGCUUUCCACGUGCCAAAGGAUAGUGAUCGGCUUGUCUUGAUCCCAAUCGUGGAUAUAGCAAAUCAUGCACCAACAUACAAAUCUGCCAACGCAGAGUUUCGUGAUAACGCUGACGGUAGUAUUUCCAUGGUGGCCAGCCGCGACAUUGCACCCAAGGAAGAAGUGUGCAUAUGCUAUGGUGAGCAUACAAAUGAACAGCUGUUAUUUUGCUACGGCUUUGUCAUUCCGGAGAAUCCAUGCCAAGGAUUACUGUGCCCCUUGCAAUUUCCAGACACCCCACACCGGGGGGAGCUUUUGCACCACAGCCUGUCUGAUCACCGGAGACGGCACGGUCGCAAUCCUGCAGCGAAAGCUGGACCGACCCUCAGACGACCCUCCAAGUUGGAGCCGGGAAGCGCUGAGAUGGUUCUGGGCCUCAAGAUUUUCGGGCUGUCGGAGGAUGAAGCCCAAGAUUUGCUCGCCCUUUCAGUGGCCGAGCAGCACCAGGCUUUGAAGCCUUCUUUCCAAGAGUGGGUCAUGGCGCUAAGCUUCUUCGAGUCUUGGCGUGCAGAGCUUCCGCGGCGAAUCUCUGAACAGGAUCUUGUACCAGGGUCUCAGGCAGCUCGCGAGCUUCAGCAGGAGGCAGAAGAAUUGCUCGACUUGGCAAUGACAGAGGUUGCUGCACAGCUGCCAUUGCCUUUGUAUUUGAGAUAUUAUUGCUUUACACUUCCUCCGAGCCUCCUGGAACACAGUCGGUCUGAGCAAUGCAGUGUGGUGCUUGCCGUGCUGGACCGGCCCAUGACAGAGAUGCACGUGGUGGUGGGCGAUGCAGAGGCAGAGCCCUUUUUUCAAGGUACCUGGGAAGGCUAUCGCAAUGACUGGGAUGGUGAAUUUGGCUUUCGCUUUUUGGCGGAGGCCACGUUUGUGAUUACAUCGCUUGGUAGGUACGUGACUCCUGAUGGCUUGGAGGAGGAGACAACGGUCACACUUUGGGCGGCCGACUCUCAGAAGAAACUCGCAGUGGCCACAGUUGGAUCGAACUCUACAGUGCUGGAUUGCUACGCCUACUCUGAGGUAUUCCCCAGAGUCGUAGCUCGACUUGGCAAGGAAUACCGACUGACCCAGAGCUGUCACAGAGGCAUGAAAGACCCGUGGCCUGAUGGCCAUUAUUCCAUGGAAAAGCUUAGCCAAAGAAGCAGCAGCUUUGCCAGGUAUUUGGGAGGUGCCUAUGACUGCCACGGUGGUUUUCCUGCAUUUUGUGAUGCAGAAGAGGGCCGACGUGCGGGGAUGUUAAACUUCAAAGUGAUCUCUGGAAUUGCUAGUGUACCGUUUCACCCAUCAACCACAGUCUACGAGCUCAAGCAGCAGCUUGAGGCUGUGACCGGGGUGCCGCCGAUUCAACAAGAGUUGUCGUGCAACCUGAAGCCACUGUCCAAGAACAGCGAGACCUUGAGCAGUGAAGGUGUGACCAAUGGCGAGCUUUUGAUCCUGGCCGUGCGAGCAGGAUCCUUGGCAAUCACUGCAUCGCGAGAUGCUACUGCAAGGCUGUGGUCAGUGGACUCCGGCGAGUGUGUUCGUAUCUUUUCGGGGCAUUCUGAUGCCGUGCUCGAUGUGGAUUUUGCCCCAAGCGGAAGCAGCGUGCUUACUGCUUCCAAGGACUGCACUGCCAGAAUUUGGAUGGUGGAGACAGGAGAAUGCUGUGCAAAGUUGGAAGGGCACACUGGAGCGGUUGUUUCUGCGGCAUUUGCGCCUUCAGGUGCUCAGGUUGUGACGGCAUCACAGGAUCAUACUGCAAGAGUUUGGACAGUCGAUGGAACUUGUAGCCAUCUACUUGACAAGCACUUGGGUGCUGUGGUUGCUGCUUCCUUCUCUCCAGACGGCUCACGGAUCAUUACAGCCUCCACUGAUUGCACUGCUCGGGUGUGGGAACCCACCUUUGGCGAUGCCUUGCUGAAUCUCAAGGGCCACAGUGGCGGCGUCAUCCUCGGAAAGAUUUCACCGGAUGGCUCGCAGAUCUUGACGGUUGCGAUUGACACACAAGGAGUUUGUGUCCGAGACGCAGCCUCUGGAAGUGUGCUGAAGAGACUUGCCGAUGGCCAGUCGGUACAUGAUGCCGCCUUCUCACCUGAUGGCCAUCACAUCAUGGCAGCUUGCUAUGACUGGAAGUGCCGCAUUUGGAGCACGGAGACGUUUGAAAUCCUCCAGGAGAUGGCUCAUGAUGCACAAGUUGUAUCAUGCCGCUUCUCAGCAGACGGAUCCUUCGCAGUGACCAUAUGCGCCAACCAAAUGGCUUUGGUGUGGCGUGUGCUGACGGGAGAACUGGUGCACCGAUUAGGACAUUCAGGGCCAGUUGCCACUGCAUCCUUCAGCCCUGACAGCACUCGAAUGGUCACGGGCGAAGAUUGCCGUGGGCGUGUUUGGGAUGUCGUCACUGGCAGAUGCAGCGUUGUUCUGGUUGGCCACAGAGCACGGUUGGAAGCGGCGCUCGUCUCGCCAUGA